AUGGCCAACGUUCGCGACCUGCACAUCAUUGUCAUCGGCGCGGGCAUGGGUGGCCUGGGCACUGCCCUGGCUUUUGCAAAGAAGGGCUUCAAGCACAUCGAUGUGUUUGAAACUGCAGCAGAUCUGGGUUUUGUCGGCGCUGGCAUCCAGAUGCCCCCAAAUAUGACCCGUGUGUUGGAUCGUCUUGGUUGCUGGCAAGACAUCUUCAAGGAGGCGACCAACGUGAAGGGCACCAGCAUCAGGCAGGGAAGCACAAAUCUUGAACUGUCCCACGUCGAGAUGCCCGAUAUCGAGCAAAAGUAUGGCUACCCCCACUGCACGGGGCACCGCUCAUCACUCGCCGGCGGCAUGUACAAGGCGUGUCUGAAGGAGAGCGCCAUCAAAUUCCACUUCUCGACACGGCUGGUCAAGGUCAACUCGUUCAAGCCCAAGGUGAGCAUCACGGUCCAGCCAAAAGACGGCGAUGAGUAUACGGUUGAGGGCGAUAUUAUGCUUGCAUCGGACGGUAUCAAGUCUGUGACACGCACACAAAUGCUCGCCGAGCUCGGUCUGCACUCCGAGGAAGAAGACACCGGCCAAGCCGCCUACCGCAUCAUGCUGAAGCGUUCCGAAAUGGAGCACGACCCGGAGAUGAAAGCACUGAUCGACAGCGACGAGGUCGUGCGCUGGGUGGGCGAGCGCCGGCAUCUCAUCGCAUACCCGGUCAGCAACAAGCAGAUCUAUAACAUCUCGACGGCCCAGCCCGACGUCAAUUUCGCCAAGGCUACUAACGCUACCUACACGACCCGCGGCUCCAAAACGGCCAUGCUCAAAGUCUUUGAAGACUUCUGUCCACUCGUCCACCGCAUGCUGGACCUGGUGCCGGACGGCGAGGUGUGCGAGUGGAAGCUACGCGUGCACAAGCCAUUGCCAACCUGGGUGCACGGGUGUGUUGCGCUGUUGGGCGACGCCUGCCACCCGACGCUGCCGCACCUUAGCCAGGGCGCGGCGAUGGCGAUUGAGGACGGCGCUGUUCUGGCCGAGGUGGUGGCCAAGAUCCCCGCCGACAAGAUCCACGACGCAGAGGUGAUCACCAAGACGCUCAAGACAUACGAGCUGCUGCGCAAGCCGCACUGCACGGCACUCGUCGACCUGGCGACACUGUCAGGUCGCAUCCUACACCUGGGCGAAGGCAAGGCAAGAGAGGAGCGUGACCGGCUGUUCCGCGAGAACGGCAAGCAUGGCGUCGUGCCCGACAAGUGGGCCAGCCCGGACGUGCAGCAGAUGAUUUACUCCCAUGACUGCGUCAAGGAUGCCAACGAGCGGUUUGAUGCCAUUUACGCCACGUUGUGA